AUGCCUCUCCAGCCGUCAAUAAGCUUGACGAGACGCUGUCUCGUCAGCUUGUCAUCAACAUCCAGGCGAACUUUUGCUCAACAGACACGGCAGACUCGACCUCCGCCUCCUCCGCCCUUUCAGACCGUCGCAACAUGUCCGGAGCCGACAUGCGGAUGCGCAGCUACUCCUGCUAUGCCAGAGGAUCUUCCUCUGGACCGUGAGGGGCCUCUCAAAGGCGCAAUUGCUGGGUAUGCAGAGCAUGUACUAGUGUGUACAGGAAAUGCAGAUUGGCCAUCGAGAAUAGAGGAUGAUAAUGGCGGCGAUUGCCUCGCUGCGGAUCUGAAAGAGUUAUUUGGACGUGGAGGGACUUACAGCGAUCCUUUUCAUAAUGUCUCUGUUCUCAACUCGUCGUUUCCAAGCUCUGUUUCACCACGUCCUGAGGUUCAGACCACGUCCGUAUAUUUAGUCCCAAGCUUCAAAUACGUCCCUUUUCUACCGCGGGUAUCGUUUGAUAGUGUAGAAGCACUAGCAAAGGGUUUUCUCCUCCCCAAGAAGCUUCACCCUGCACAUGAAGGUCUCUCACCUAUACAUCGGGAUCGCUUGACCCGCAAAGAAGGGUACCAGGGACUUCUACCAGGCGUUCAAGAUGUUCGUGAUGUUUUGGUCUUGAUAUGUGGACAUACAGGCCGUGAUGCUAGAUGCGGUAUCAUGGCGCCUGUUCUGCAAACUGAGUUCGAGGACAAGUUGGAAAUGGAGGGUUUUGACGUCUUGGAUGGACCCGUGCAAGUCAAUCUCGGCGACAAACAAAGAAUACAGGGAGAGACUGGUCGAGGCAAGACUACAGCUAGAGUUGGUUUGAUCAGUCAUAUCGGGGGUCAUAAGUUUGCUGGCAACGUCAUCAUUUAUCUCCCUCCAGACCUGAAGAUGGGCAAUGAGCCUCAUCCUUUGGCUGGAUGUGGAAUUUGGUACGGAAGAGUUGAUCCAAAGAAUGUGGAGGGUAUCGUAAAAGAGACUAUUCUGAAGGGAAAUGUGGUUGCGGAUAUGUUUAGAGGAGGUAUUGAUGCUGAGCAUAAGAUGUUGAGGAUUGGCGGCUACUAUCUUAUCACGCCGCCGUCUCGACCCAACAACCUCAACGAGAUAACCUUUGUUCCCUACGGCAUCACAACUCGCGAGGCCAUCUCACCAACCUCAUUCGUCAUCACCGCAGUCCCACGCACACCAAACCCUUCUCUACCAUACCUGACACCUUCAGAUAACCGCUGGAGCUAUCCUCUCUGGUCUGUGGAGUUCAAGCAACCUGAGGUACAAAUUUCUCGGCAUUAUACACCCCUGCCUCCACUAUCUACGGAGGAUCCUACAGAUGGCUCGCUCCGGUUUUAUAUCCGGACUGUUGGCGAUGGUGAAAUGUCCAACUACCUAGGUCGAAGACAGGUUGGAGAAGAUGUUUUCCUGCGUGGUCCACACGUUGGCUUUGAACUAGCGGAGCGAUUGGGUGAGCAUUCUCGUCUUGUCUUCCUUGCCGGUGGUACGGGCGUAGUGCCUGGUAUACAAGCAGCGAAGGCUGUCUUGGAAGCGAGCGAAGAUUCAAGCGUUGACCUCCUCUGGGCAGUGAGGAAGAGAGAAGAGGUUCAAAAAAGUGCUCCUCCUCGGCAAUCAUCGUGGAAGUUUUGGCAAGAAAAGAAGCCCACUCCGUUAGGCACUGAGGUUGAGAACCCUAGCCCCGUCACAAAGCGCUUACAAGACCUCAAGAUGACCUAUGGUGAUCGUCUCAGGAUACAGGUCGUUGUUGACGAAGAGGGAACUCGCUUCCAGGAUAAGGAUAUUAGGGAAGCCAUUGCAGCAUCGCCUGGAACUGUCGCUUCAUUCAAUGCAGGUUGUCGAUUCCACGAUCAAGCAAUGCAUGUUUACGCCUCCGAAUUCGCCCUCUCUGACGGGCCUGGUUGUGUGUGCAAGUCUUCCGAAGGCACUACCCCCGGGAAAAACUUGUUUAUCGUCUCUGGCCCCGACGGUUUCAUUGAGUACUAUGCUGGGCCCAAGAUAUGGUUAGGUGGCCAGCAGACUCAAGGUCCGAUUUCUGGUGUAGCUGGUUAUCUGCAAAAACAGAACCCUCUCCUGGCAAGAGAUUGGCUGGUCCUCAAGAUGUAA